CUCUCACAACAAGGGGCUUCGUAAAGUUCGCUCGUUAGAAUGCAAGCCCUACUUUAGUUUGUUUACACACCUCAUACGAGGAUGGAUACUUCAGUACAGUUUAAUGGGAAGAAGGCGCUCGUCACAGGGGCUGGGAAAGGUCUUGGAAGAGAUUUAGUGAAAGUCCUUGCUAAAUGUGGUGCCGAAGUCUGCGCUUUGAGCAAGACACAGGCUGAUUUGGAUUCCCUUAAAGAAGAGGUACCAGGAGUACGCACAGUAUGUGUUGACAUAUCUGACUGGAAGGCCACCAGGAAAGCAGUCCAGGAGGCAGGACACUUUGAUCUCCUUAUCAAUAAUGCAGCCGUCAGUUUUGUUCUGCCAUUCUUAGAGGUUACAGAGGAAAACCUUAGCAUGCAUUUAGACGUUAACUUGAAGGCAAUGUUUAACAUUUCUCAGGUGGUUGCCAAGAGUAUGAUAGACAAGGGUACAGGAGGGUCCAUAGUGAAUGUGUCCAGUGUGGCCUCACAUUGUGCCUUGCUUGACCACAGUGUCUACUGCUCCAUUAAGGCAGCAGUGGACAUGCUGACCAAGUGUAUGUGUUUAGAACUGGGGAAGUACAAGGUAAUAUAAGGAGAGUUUGUAUCUUGUUCCAUUGAAGUCCAAUUUCACAAAAAAACUCCAAGAUCUUAGACCAGAAAAUUUGGUGUUUUUCAAUCCUUAUUGAAACUGUGGAAGUUUAAGUUUUAGGGUAUAGUAUCUAUUGGCCGAAAACAUUUUUGGUUUCUGAUUUUAAGUAAGAAAACCCCCAAUAUAUCCUCAUUUAGUAUUGAUGAAUGUUUAUGGAAAUGUAUGGUCGUAAAGUUUUAAAAGACAAACAUUUAAGAUCUUGAAAUGAAACCAAUUGUGGGAUUUUUUGUUUUGAAUAAGCCAAUAGCCUAAUUUUUAAUGCAACUAAGCAUUAAGAUGAAACUGCUGUAAAUUGUUAAAAGGGCAUUGCAAUUAGUAAUUUAAGUUUUAGCAUUUGGAAAAAUCUUUUAUUAUCAGGUUCAUUUUACAAAUGUAGGUGGUUUGCUGUUGAUUGUGCUUGGUGUGCCUCAGAUGGUAAAUGUGUUGGAUAUCCAGGAGACAAUUAACACAACUUAAUCUACUCUUGUUCCUUUUAAAAGGUAGCAGCUACAUUUAUGUAGCCCAAACCGAUAUAAAUUACUCUUGCUCUAAAAAUGAAUAACUACACAGCUUUCCACUUGUUCAAGUAGAAAAUAGGGUUUUAUCACUAAAAACCAGGUGUCAGAUGAAUCUGCUUGAGGAUAGGAAUCUGCUUCAUGUUAUUUGCCUGACAUAUAUUAUGUCUUCUGUUUCUUGCCUGGAGUGAGGAGGGUUGGUUAGACUGCAAUAACAUGGCCAGUUAUAAUGUUAUAAUGUUAUUACUGCUAAAUAAAAUGCUGUGCCAUAUUUCAAAUGAAUGAAGAUUUAUCCACAGCUGUGUUUCAUUUAAGUGUUACAUAAUAUUUUAAAUCAUAUAUUUUUUGGUUUAGGCAUAUUUUUCUGGAGCUUCAUAUAUGUAAACUAUGGGAAUAUUGUAAGUACUAAUAAACUGGUAAUUUGGUACUUAAAACUGUUUAUGCAGUGUGAAGACAAUUAAUUUUCAUUGAUCAAAUAGGACACUGCUGCAGUAUUUUUCCUGAGGUCAGGUUUCAGACCGUCUAGUUAUUCAGUUCAAACAUAGUGUUUUUACCAAUUUUACUAAAAAGAAAAACUAAAAAACUAAAAAAAAAAAAUAAUAAUAAUAAAAAAAUGAUUAAAGACCCAGGAUCCCAGAUACUCUUAUAUCUUGAUUUUAUAUAUACUGACAUUUAGCAUCUUUAACACAAGGCUAAAUCAACCUUUUCUUGCCAGUGGUGAUGUGCAUUAGGCUGAAUACAACAGCAGGGGAUGAAAAGAAAAAGAUAAAUACUAUAUCAGCAAUUCAAGCAAACAGAUCAAGCCGACAGAUGGUGUUUAUUUUAAAGGAUGUAACCCUUGCUAGGUUGGCGCUACUUCUAAGUCGAAAGGCAGUGGAAACUUGGCUGCUGCACAAAGGUGAAUUUAUUUCUGUUUUCAAUAACAUGCAUUUGUACUUAAGAAUGGCAAUUAUAGAUGAGAUUAAAAUA